AUGGCGCAGGCUGCUAUUGAAUCUGCUGUGAGUGGUGGCGCGUUGAUUGGGAGACCGGCAGGGGUCCUGAGGAUGAAGAGGAAGACUCCCUCGGAGCUGCGGGGAGAACAAUAUAAGAGACGCACUUCUGAAAAGAUUGCUGAUGAUCAGUUAUUUGCUUCUGCAGCAUUUGAUAGGCCAAGCAAUGGGCUUCGGAAUAUGGAACAACAAAAAAUACCCAAAUAUAUCAACACUCGUGUUACAGAGGUGUUCCCAGUUAAAAAAUCCAGAAACAUUGGAAAGGAAAACUGUAAGGAUGCUUUACUCAAUAAUGAGAAGGUUCCCAAAUUUGCUGAUACUGUAACUACUUCACAUUCCGUGUCAUCUUCAUUCCUGCGCGGUGACUCUGUUAAGUUGGACUCUUCUAUUCCAUCACUUGUGGAGGCAGCGAAACCAAGUUUCAGGAAAGCUGAGAAAUACAGUGAAAAUGCUCUACGGAGUGUAUCCGACCUACACAUCGGUGAUGACAAGCAACCUGCCUCGAACAAAUUUGAUAUGGAAAAAGUGAUGAAAGGGUUUGGAGCUCGUGAUGCUUCUGGAGCUUCCAAUGCCCCUAACGUACAAGUUGGUGAUCUUCCUUUGAAGUCUUCAGAAGUGUGCCCUUCUAAGAUAAAAAUUCCAGGAAAAAGAGCUCCUUUGGAUCUCACUUUAAAGACUACUCUGCAGUUCGUUUCAUCAUCUUCUGUGAAGUGGUGUCACAAUUUGAGUAUUGCUGGGCCCAUCACUCAUAGUUAUCGUGGUGGGUCUCAAAAUUCACGAUGCGCAAGGCCUGGGAAGGAAUUCUUGUUCUCAAGGGCACUGCAAUCAUGGGUAUAUCCACAGUCCCUGUUACCUGCUUCCAUCAUAUCUGCUAUGCUCUCAUCAAAUGCACGAGGAGAAAAUGAGUUCCUUCUCAAGAGGUAUCAGGACUGGGAAGACUCGUUUCAGAAUCUUUACUACAUGCUCCGCAAGAAUCAAUUGAACAUCUUUUAUGUUUAUACAGCACAAUUUGUUGCUCUAUUCAUCCGUGGAAAUUGUUUGGAGAAGCAGUCCUGUAAUGCCUACUUGUCACAAUCUACACGUGGCAUACGGUCACUACUGCGAAAACAUGGUGUUCGCUUUUCUAUGCCUCUUUGCAAUGCUGAAGUGGAGCAGGUUACUGACGAUGACCUGAUGGAAUUUUCAAAAAUCCAAACACUCAAUCUGGGCCAGACACUUCAUAUAGAUGCUUUAUCUGAGGUGGACAACACUACAGAGUCACUCCUUUCGUUUACUGGCAAUAAGAGCGUUCAUGGCUUAUAUGAUGUCUUGUUGAACUACAAGUCCUUUCUGAAUUCAUUAUCCGCCACAGACGUCCCAGUGUUAUAUUCACCGGCGCCAUUUCAAAAUGGUUGCCUCCAUAUUCCAGAGGUCAUAUGCAGGGAGAUGAGGAAAGCCGAUACUGGCCUGGCCUCUACUGGUUUAGAUGAAGAACCUGGAUCAGCGUUCGCUCCUCCGCCAGGCAACAUGUGUUACAGCAUGGAAAUAAAGGAUGUGGUUAUCCCACCGUGGGUUGCCUCCGGCAUUUGUGCUGCGAUGAGCUCAGACACGGAUCGUUUUGAUUUAACAAUCGGGACAGAGCCCUCCUCCAUGGGCUUAAAUGCCGCCUUCACCUCCAUAGGCGCGAGCGGCAGCCAGUCAAAGGCUCCUUCAGAGUCCUCUCCUGAAGGGUGCGAGGCCAUUGGCAUUCCCAGCGCCGUCUUGGUCCGCUCCUUGCACUCUGCCUCGCUCCGGCGCCUCAGUUACAACCAUGGCGAAUACCUCGCGCACACAACCGUGUGA